AUGCUCGUCAUACUAAGCUUCAGCAGGCUCUUGCCCUUCGUUUGGUCAUUUUUGUCCUUCACAGCUGCACAAAGUAAUAUGUGCGGUACCCUUGGCUACCAUGAGCAGACCAAGUCAUCUUACUUUAUGGGCAACUUCUUCCACAAUGGUAUAACGUCAACGCUCGGUUUAUGUGCCGCAUACUGCAAGAAGGACGCGAGAUGUAAAACCUUUCGCUACUCAUAUUGGAGCGACGCGGAUGCGCAGUAUUGCGAAUUCUUCAGCACGACAGUCGCAUUGAAUUUCACGGUUGAUCGAACGUCGCCGUACUCAUAUUACGAUAUCGGCUGCUCUUUCCCUCCUUUUGAAGAAACCCGCACGACUGUCACUUACAUCGCCACGAUCGUUUCAACGACACCAGCAUGGACGACCACGUUGACCGUCACCAAUGCUGGAGCCACAUCGACCUCGAUUUCUAUACAGAACGUCACGGCGCCAACAAAAACAGUCACCUCUACCACCUCAACCACUCAAACUAUUUCUUCCACCACGACACGUACCGUAACUGCGCCAAUUAGAAUAGGUGGGCUGAUUCACGGCCACCUUCACUCGGGCUCACUUAUGUCAGUGACGAACUGUCAGAUGUCUCGCUUCCGAGGUUUUGCUGGGAAAAGGGCUCAAACGCUGCAAGAGGUUGCCUGCAUCGCGUGGCUCGCUGUCAUGGCGAAGAUUUUGGUGGGAUAUUCCCAAUACGCGCAAAACCUCCUCUCCUACCAUAGGGCAGAAUUUAGUAGUAGGGGGCAGUGUAUCCUUACAGUGCUAACUAAAAUGUGGGAUGUCUCCAAAGUAGACUCCCACCUUUGCGCGUCACCUAGCGCGACACCGGAUCGCGCUCCGGAGAGGCGCAGUCGCGACUACAUCGCCCAAACUUUGCGUAUGACGCCAUGGCUUUCCAACCCGAUUACUCGAAAUGAUAUGGGCUAA